AUGGCAAAUCGCUGGAGAGUUAUGUUCACCACCCGGGACCCUAUCCUCCAUAAGGCCCUAAAGUCGGCCGUUGCGUUCAAAUACUCGCUAUCGUCAAUGCUGCAGCUAGAGCCACUGUUUGAUAAAUGCAUGCCCCUUUUUGUAGCUGAGAUGGACAAGUGCGCUGGCUUAGCUAUUGACUUUGGGUCGUGGUGUAGCUGGUAUUCAUUUGAUCUCACAGGUCUCCUUGCGUUUCAGGAGCUCUUUGGAUUCAUGGAACAAGCGAAGGACAUUAACGGCGUAAUCGAAUCGUCUUGGUCCUUUAUGAGUUACGGGACACUCGUUGGCUCCACAAAUACCUCCUAG